AUGGCGAAACGACACAUCCAUCACACACCACUGGAUCCACUGGCUGCCCCGUUCACACCGUCUUCACCACCCACACAACCAUCUGUACCAAGUCCCCCACAGCUAUCGUUCUCAUCGCCUGGUUGGUUUCCAGCUUCACAAGACGAUAGACUUUCUCUACAUGGUGGAUCCUCGCCAGAACAUCCCAGAGAUACUCCUGACAUCGUUCACCAGCCACCACCUCUCGCUCCAUCUCACUCCAUGGGACCCAUACCACCACCUUCUAAACUUAUCCCACCUCAGCGCUUCACCACCCAGCAAGGCACAACUUCAACUUCUGAUUCCCCCAACACACUGGACCGCUUGUCCAUUUCACCUGGCUCCACACCGGACCCAUCACUCCUCCCACUGGAUUCUCCACUCACCACCUGCCGUACCAACUCUCCGUUCACUCCUGUACUCCCCUCACAGUUCACCAUCUCUGGUCAAACUCCACCACUCAUAUCCCCAUCAACGCCCGACAAUGCACAGGGUCUGGACCACCACAUUUCUCAAUCCUCCACCGCUGCCACACUGUCUCCACCACCAACUCCGCCUCCCCCCUCCCCACAAUCCACCCGCCAUGACAUCAUCGACAGCAUCCACACACAACUUUCCCGCCUGCGACAACUCACCCGCGAGGACAGCGUGUCUCCAUCACCUCCGUCACCUUCAUCAUCAUCAUCACCCUCCUCUGUUUCCGAGCCAUCAUCAACAGACAUGCAGCCAGCCAUCACUGCCUUUUCACGUCUGCUGGAGAUGUCUGAACGUCCCAAACCCUCCAGCAGCUCAUCAUCCACAGUCACAGAGGACCGUGCAUCCGUCAGGGUAGCUCCGCCACCACCAGUAAGUCAGCAAACACAACCGUUCCACCGCCGCAACCGCCACUCCUCCUCUUCUAAGGUACCACAGCUCACCCCCAUCCUCCAAGCAUAUCGUCAUCAGCAGGGUGGAGCUGCCCACAGACCACAGCACCCACCACCACAACACCACGCUGAACAGUCUCUAGCUGCUUCAGACCAUGCAGACUGGGACUCUGCCGACGACUUCGCUAGUCCUUCAUUGCACCCCAGGCCUGUAUCCCGCCAUUCCGACACACCAUCCCAUUCACCACCGCCGCAGCACACACCUGGGUUGACUGACCAAGUGGAUGAAACCAUCAACGAGAUCCCUUCGCACCAACCUCGUCCUCAUCGGGAACCCGACCACCUACCACCAGGGGAAGGCAAUCACAAUGCCCCCCCGUCGGACGAUGAGGAUGGUGUGAAAAGUGGAAGGGAACUUUCUCUGAAGACUCUACCUGGGAGGAAUUCACCACACACUGCACCACCUUCGCCACUGCCGCACGAGAACUGGCCACCAGCUUAA